GGCAGGUGAGGAGACAUGCGAUCCCGUAGCAACAGCCUGGAGGACGCCACCAAGGCCCCGCCUCCCAGGACGCGCCGCAGCGCCGAGAGGGAGGAGCCACCGGGGCGGGCCGGCGGGGGGCGGAGCCGUUACCGCGAGCAACCGGGCGGGGAAACCGGGACCGUUCAGCGGAACCACAAGACGGUCCGCGGGGCCACGCCCCCAAACGCCGGAGUUGGGGGCGGGGCCGGCGGCCUGGGGGGUGUGGGGGGCGGGGCCGGCGGCGACAGGAAGGAGAAGGGCCGGGAGCUAUCCCGGGACGACCUGCUCUUCCUGCUCAGUAUGUUGGAGGGGGAGUUACAGGCCCGAGACGAGGUGAUCACCGUGCUGAAGGCGGAGAAGAUCGAUCUGGCUCUGCUGGAGGCCAAGUACGGCUUUGUAGUGCCCCAGCAGGUACUGCAGGCCCUACAGCGGGACGGGGUCCAGGGGAGGGACCGCGUGUUCCAGGAGGACAUCUACGAGAAGCCCAUGGCCGAGCUGGACAAGCUGGUGGAGAAGCAGCGGGAGACGUGCCGCCGCAUGCUGGACCAGCUCCUCCGUGCGGAGCAGUCGUACAAACAGGCCCUGGGACAGAUGGAGAGGGAUAAGCAGAACCACCAGGAGUUCAUCAGGAAGAGCGACGAGUUCACCAACCUACUGGAGCAGGAGAGAGAGAGGCUAAAACUCCUAUUGGACCAGGAGAAGGCGUACCAGGAGCGCAAGGAGGAGGAGCACAACAAGAAGGUCUGCGCCCUCAAGGAGGAGCUGACCAAGCUCAAGUCCUUUGCCUUACUGGUCGUCGACGAGCAGCAACGCCUCACCGAGCAACUCGGCCGCCAAACCGCCACAGUCAACGAGCUCUCCUCGGCCGGCGCCAAGACCAAGGAGGAGCUAGCCUCUGCCGCCGCCCGCCUGAAGGAGGAGGAGUCUAAGGUGUUCCGCCUUGAGUCGGAACUCCGCGACCUCGCUGUCGGACACCACCAGGAGCAGGAGGCCAUGACGGCCAAGCUGGCGGGCGAGGACGCCCAGAACCGCGUGCUGCGGCAGAGGCUGUCUGCACUGAGUCGACAACUGGACGAACUGGAAGAGACGAACAAGACCCUGCGACGGGCCGAGGAGGAGCUGCAGGAGCUCAGGGACAAGAUCGGGCGAGGGGAGGGCGGAAACUCGGGGCUGGCGUCGGAGGUGGAGGAGCUGAGGCGGAGGGUGCUGGAGAUGGAAGGGAAGGACGAGGAGUUGAUUCGCAUGGAGGAGCAAUGCCGCGACCUGAACCGGAAGCUGGAGAAGGAGGCAGGGCAGAGCCGCGGGCUGAAGACAGAGGUGGACAAGCUGAACCAGCGCAUCCUGGAGCUGGAGAGGCUGGAGGACGCAUUCGGGAAGAGCAAAGUGGAGUGCGGCUCACUGAAGAGCAACCUGGAGAGGGAGCGGACGGUUUCCAAGAUGGUGGCUGGGGAGCUGGAGGUGCUCAGGGAGAAGGUGAAGGAGCUGGAGGCGGCGGAGGCCCAGCUGGGCAGGACAGAGGUGGGCCUGAGGGAGGACCUCGCCAAGCUGAAGACACUCACCGUGCUGCUGGUGGACGAGCGGAAGAGUACGGCGGAGAGGAUGAGGCAGAUGGAGAGCAAGGUGCUGAACAGCUCGGGGAAACUGCAGGCUGAGCAGGAGAUGGUGAACUCAGUCACCGAGCGAUUAAUCGAGGAGAGCCGGAAGGCACUAAAGUCGAAGGCCGAACUGGAGGAGAAAGCAUGCAGGGCAGCGAGGGAACGGGACGAGCUGAGGGCGAGGCUGAACGUCGAGGAGGGGAAGAGCAAGGACUUGGAGGCCAAGGUGGGCAUGAUGAAGAAGAGGCUGCAGACGCUGGAAGGCAUCGAGAGGGAGUACCUCCGGAGCAACAGCGAGGGGAAAAAGGAGCCGAUCAACGCGUCCAUCAAUGCCAAGCGCUUCCAGCAGGAAGACAACAAGGUGAAGGAGCUGACCCAGGAGGUGGAGCGUCUCCGGAGUAAACUCAAGGACGUGAAGGCGCAGGAGGUGGUGGAGAGGGUGGAGGGCGAACCGCUGAAGACGGAGGAGCGCAAGCUGCUUGAGAAGAGUUUUGCCGAAGAGCACGAGACGGCCGAGACGCUGCGGGGCGAGCUGGCUGCGUCACGCACAGAGCUGUCAAACUACCAGAAGAGGGAGUGCGGGCAGGAGCAGGUGCUCUACAAGCGUCUGAAGGAGGAGGAGGCCAAGUCGGGCCACCUGACCCGCGAGGUCUCGGCCCUAAAGGAGAAGAUCCAUGACUUCAUGGGGACGGAGGAGAACAUCUGCCGCAUGAAGAACGACCAGUCGACCCAGCAGAGGAGGCUCACACAGCAGGAAGUGCGGAAUAAGGAACUGGCCCGGGAGAUGGAGACCCUGACCGGGGAGCUUGAGAGAUACCGACGCUUCAGCAAGAGCCUGCGCCCGGGGAUGAGUGGUCGACGGUUCUCGGACCUUCACGUCUCCACAAAGGAGGUGCAGACGGAUGCGGUUGAUUUCCUGGGGUCCCGUUGCUCUACAGAGGAGCCGCUGGAGCGGGCGGUGGUCAACGGGAGACUGUACGACGCAGGCGAGUCGGAGGAGGAGGGGAGUGAGAGCGAGAGCGAAAAUGAGUGUGGACCCUCGCGGCGGACCGAUGCGAACAACCGCAACAACAGCCUCAUCCGAGCGGCGCGCUUCCCACUGACCCCGCCCCCGACGCUGGUCAAUGUGAAGGCGUUGCCAGGGGCCACCAGGCUCAACGGGAACCACCACGGGGGUCCGAAGCAGCCGCAGCAGCAAAGCGAUGUCUUGCUAAGCAACAACCCCGGCCGACCCCUGCACAUCAAGGUGAACCCUGAACCCCGGUUGAACACGGCCCUGUUGGGGAUAGGCUCCCUGGGGGUGGUUGCUGUGGAGACGGCACCGUCGUACACCAGCACUGCCGUCAUCCCCACCAGCGGGGGGGGAGCGGGCAAGCCGAGGAUCACCAUCAUCCAGAACGCUUCCGUCUCCCCUGGCAACAAGUCAGUGUCGCCGUCAUCGAGGGCCAAACGCUCGCCGCUGCACGAGGGUCUCUGCUCGCCCAACCGGGCUCCCUCCCCGCUGACCAUGGCCACCGCCUACUCCCCCCGGACGCGGACCCCGGACUCCCCCGCGGGGGGGGGGACGCCGCCUUGUGACCGGGGGAUGUCGCCCAUCCAGAUCGUGUCGGUAACCACAGCGACGCCCGAGCCGGCGGCGGCGGAGGUUGCGGUCGGCGGCAUGUUCCGCGUGGCCCAGCCCCCCCACUGGCAGGUCCAGAGGGCCAACAGCACGGGGGGAGGGGCCAACGUGUUCACCACCGAGGACAACAAGAUCCACAUCCACCUGGGCGCGCCCUUUAUUCAAAGCGUUGUUAGCGGCAACAGCGGGGGCGGAGUCAGCCCCACCCCAAGCCACGCCCCACCCGCACCUCAGGAUCAGCGGACGCCCCCCAAGGGCGGUGCCAAGGUCAUGAGUAGCAUCGUCAUUAAGCCCACACCCCCCCCUGUACAAAGGCCGGCCCACAUUACCGUAUCGGCCGAAGCACUCCGUCGGUCAGGCCCCACCCGAAUCCCCAAACCCAGAGGGUGCGGCUCCCCCAAGGGCAACCCCAACCCGGGGGUGGCCCCGGGGCCGCAGACCCCCAGGGGACUGAAGACCAGGGGCCCAAUGACGCAAGGGAAAGACCUCCUCAAUGCCAAGACUACAACAAUCCCCGGCACUGCCUCCAUCAACAAUAACAACCCCAACUUAGCCAAUAGGAAGCUGUGAUCUCUCUCUCUCUCUCUCUCUCUCUCUCUCUCUCUCUCUCUCUCUCUCUCUCUCUCUCUCUCUCUCUCUCUCUCUCUCUCUCUCUCUCUCUCUCUCUCUCUCUCUCUCUCUCUCUCUCUCUCUCUCUCUCUCUCUCUCUCUCUCUCUCUUACAUUUAGAAUAUUUGUAAUUCUGUGUUAGAAGUUGUUAGCUAACUAGCUAAGUUUCCACCAUUUAUUAUACAUUAAUAUAGUGGACUAACUAGCAUAUACUGAUCAUACACUUACUGUUAUCCUAUACUUACUGUUCUGAAGCCUAUUCUACAACGUGAUACGAUGUUCCAUGAAUGUUAAGUGAUUUUAUCUUUUAAAAGGCAUUCGGUGAGUUAUUAUAGAGGCAUUAAGGCAAGAGAUCUUUUCGUAAAUAGGUAAACUUUAAUUAUUUUAGACAUUUUGAGUAUUUUUAUUUACAGACAAGAUAUAAACGCUGUGUGGACAUUUAUCGGAUAAAAUGUAUGUUUAUUGUGAAUGUCAGUUUUGUUGGGAACUAACCUAUUAACAAACUUAUUCAACUCUCAGGUUUGGGUUCAAAUCAACGUAUUUUAGAAAGAGGUGUUUUAAAUGUAAAACAGAGCUGUGUUGAUAAAAUGUUGUCAGUCAUUAGCAAUAAUCUGUCAUGUGUAACAUUUUUGCUAUUUUCGUUGAUCAAUAAAGAUUAAUUUUAUACCUUUUA